AUGGGCUGGCGGCUGCUGCCCGCCGUCCUGCUGGCCCUGGCGCUGGGCGGCCCCGCGGCGCGGGCGCAGAACGACACGGAGCCCAUCGUCCUGGAGGGCAAGUGCCUGGUGGUCUGCGACUCCAACCCAGCCACCGACGCCAAGGGCUCGUCAUCGUCCCCGCUGGGCAUCUCCGUGCGGGCGGCCAACUCCAAGGUCGCUUUCUCGGCCGUGAGGAGCACCAACCACGAGCCCUCCGAGAUGAGCAACAAGACGCGCAUCAUCUACUUCGACCAGAUCCUAGUAAAUGUGGGCAAUUUUUUCACGUUGGAGUCUGUCUUUGUAGCACCAAGAAAAGGAAUUUACAGUUUCAGUUUUCACGUAAUUAAAGUCUAUCAGAGUCAAACAAUUCAGGUUAAUUUGAUGCUGAAUGGAAAGCCAGUCAUUUCUGCUUUUGCUGGGGACAAGGAUGUCACACGUGAAGCUGCCACUAAUGGAGUCCUACUCUAUCUAGAGAAGGAGGAUAAGGUUUACCUGAAGUUGGAGAAAGGUAAUCUGGUCGGUGGAUGGCAGUAUUCUACGUUUUCUGGCUUUCUGGUCUUUCCUCUGUAAAGUCAAUUUUCCUGUGACAUUCAUCCAGGUG